AUGACAAAAUCAUCCUCAACCACACCAACAAGCAAGAGGAAAAGACAUACAAACUCCAAAUUGGGCUGUGCCAACUGCAAACGCAAAAAGAUUAGAUGUGAUGAGAGUUUACCCCUGUGCAAAAACUGUUUAAAGGGUAAAAAGGACACUUGCUCGUACUUGUCGUUGUCACAAGAUGCCAUUGAAAAGAUUAAAUUGACUCAUUCUUUGAGAAAUUGCCAAAAUAAGUUGCUUAAUUCAAAUUACAGGUUACCUGCAACAAAUGUGAUUACACAAUCAUCAUCAUCAUCAUCAUCAUCAAGAGCAAGAUCAAAAGCAAGAUCACAAAGUUUAGCUUCAAUAGAAGGUGACACCAAAGAGACUAAAUUCAGCAACAUUGCUUCUUUUACUGAUGAUGGAAGCAGUGGCUGUGGUAACAUAUUGGAGUUUAAAUUUGAACUUGCUGAUUUACCAGUACUCAUACCUUCAAUCACUUAUCCUCCUUUGCAAUACAAUAAUCUUUCAAUGCAAGAUUUUACCAAUGAAUUUAAAGUUAUCAAUGACUUUGAUAGUGAUGACUACUACACCACUGGCUCACCAACUAAUUCACAAACUGAACCUUUAACAACAACAACAACCACGAAAAAGAGUCAUUUAUUACCUAAUGGGUUCGAACACCAAAUUACAUUCAAUGCUUUCAACCCAAGAGCAUUUAAACGAGUUAAUUCAGCUCAUACAGCCAAUACUACAACCCCAGUAGUAUCCGAUUAUAGUCUUCAUUUAUUUAUUGGUAAAAACACCUUGUUGGAUUACAUGAGUGAUUUAGUGUUGGAUAAUAUGUCUGAUUGGACAUUGAGUAUGGCUGUACAACUUGUGGGUAUAGCUAUACAUUUAAAUCACUUGAGGUCAAAACCAGCUUCUUUAAAAGAGAGUGACGAUACACAACUUGUCCAGUGUCUUGAAAAUCAUGUUGCAAACUCAUUUGACAAAUGCUGUUGCAUGUUGCAAUCAAGAGUACAACAAAUUCAACAAAGAAAUAGCCUGCCCAAACACAAGCCCUGUAGUAGCAACGAAGCUGGUUAUGAUUUGGAAUUGGCUGCUUAUACGGGCAAUUUCUUAACUUUUACUUCAAUCAUGCUCAAAAUGGGUGUCAAGACCCAUUUUGAAACUUUGAAAUUACCCUUGCUUGCAUACAAUACUUAUGCCCAAUUGUAUGAAGCAUCAAGUUCUAACAAAAGCAAAUUGUUAUCAGUUGCUUCUUUAUUGAAGAAGAAUCUACAAUAUAAUGUCAUUAGUGUCAAUGUGCCCUCAUACAAUCCACAAUUUCUAUUUGAAAUUGAAUCUAAUUUACGAAGUCUUGAAUUUAUAUUCACUGCUGAUACAUGCACAUUAUUUAAAUUACAAAAACCACUCAAUUCAUCAUCAUCUUUGUCAAUGGUUUACAGUCAAUUUGAAACUUUAAAGUCACAAUAUUCAUCAUUGAUGAAAUUCAUCAAGGAUAAAGUAUUAAACAUUGUAUUUGCAUUACGUGAUGAAUCUAGUGUUUCGGUAUACCCCAUAAAUGCAUUAUUUGACGUAUUACAAACCUGGCACGCAAUGUGUCCACCACAAGCCUUGGUCAACAACAACAACAACUGCAACAACAACAACAGCAAUAACAACAAAAACAACUUUUCAACAACCCAUAAUACAUUUUUAUCCAAUUACGACGAAUCAGUAUUUAUAAACACCUUAUCCACAACAUUGUACAGUUACUAUAGCGCCGUUGCCAGCUCCCUUGAUGCAGUUUUCCCCAGUUGCAAAUACUUGUUUAGUUUGAGCUUCAUCUUGCCCGUGAGUCAAUGGUUUAGCACCAAUAAGGAAAACUUGACGGUGCCGAAAUAUAACCCCUAUAUCAAAUCGUUUCAUUCAUCUAGUCAUGGGAUCGAUGAGUUGUUGCAACGACAUAUCAUUUAUGCGUCGAGAUUGUAUGCGUUUUUUAAACGCCGGUUUGUGUUUUAUCAUAAUAAUAUCAAGUGGUGUAAUUACUAUGGCGAUGAAACUUUGCAAACUGGUGAUGAUAAUGAUAAUAAUGAUGAGAGGAUGAAGAGUAGAAAAUUGACAAAUGUGAAUGAAGUUGCAAUCAAGAGUUUUAAUACCACAUUGAUACGACCAGAACAUUAUCCAACUAGAGAUAAAUCUGGAAACACAAACAACACAAACAACACAAACAACACAAACAACACAAACAACACAAACAACACAAACACAAACAUAACCACAUGCAUCUCCUUCACGCGUGAAGACGACCCCCUAGUGAAGAACUUGUACGCACGUAAUAUUGAAACGUUGGAUAUCUUUAAUGAAUCAUCAAUACUCCAAUUUGAUUACGAGUCAAUGUUGCUCCUCAAGGAUUAUCGAUCAUUUGACGAUGAAUGCGAAGUUAGUCGUGAAGUAUUGAGCGUGGGGGAUAUUCGUGAUCAUUAUGAGGAUCGUAUUGCCAUUUUGACAAGACUGAGUCGUGAUUGGUAG